AUGGAGGUGAUCAGCCGCAGGGCCGCCGUGCGCGGCUUCGUGGAGAGCCUGAGCACGGUGGAAGGGCGUCUGCUGCGGCUGGAGGUGGUCGUCCUCCUCAGCGCCGUCAUCCUCGCGGCGCUGGUGCUGUACGGCACCACCCGGCGGCGGAGCAGCGACAAGCUCCUCCGCGGCGUGAUGUGGAUGGCCUACUCGCUGUCGUACGUGGUGGUGUCCUACGCCGUGGGGCUCAUCCAGGACGGGCCGUUCCGCGGCGAGACGUUCGUGCUGUGGGCGGCGGCGCUGCUGCUGAUCCAGGCGAGCGCGUACGCGGCGCCGGUGCACAGCCGCCGCGAGUUCAGCCAGCGGAAGAAGCUGCUGCUGCAGCACAUCCUCCAGACAGCGCUCGUGCUCUGGCUCGUCGUCAGCGCCACCGGCCGGAACGCCAGCUACCGGGCGGCGAUCUGGGCGUUCUGGUGCCUCAACGUGCUCAAGACGGCGGCCAAGAUCGUGGAGAUGAUCAAGGCCAGCCUCCCCGACCAGUCCGUCAAGGUGGUCGCGGAGUACAUGGACGUCGAGGAGUCGCUCGCCGCCAGCGAGCAGCCGGCGGACCCGAGGACGAUGAAGGGGUACAAGUACAUCUUCCACGGCGAGGACACCAUGCUGCCGGUGAGCCACCAAGGCAGCCGCCUUGCCCGCGACGACAUGAUGACGCAGAGCGACGGCAAGUCGGUCGUCACCAUCGACCGUGUCUACCGGUGGAUCGACGGCGAGGCCGGGUACAGCGAGGUGGAGAAGGACAUGGCGAGGGACUUCUGCCUCUCGUUCGCGCUGUUCAAGCUGCUGAAGCGGCGGUUCUACGGGUUCGUCCCGGCGGAGGCCGGCUCGCAGAAGGCGCGGGACCUCGUCUGCGAGGGGCUCAUCCAGCCGGUCACCACCGGCCCCGACGCCGCCUUCCGCGUCGUCGAGGCGGAGCUCGCCUUCCUCUACGACGAGUUCUACACCAGGAACAUCGUCCUCGUCGGAGCCCGAACCUACGUCUGCAUCGCCGCCGCGGUGGCGGGGCUCACCAUGUGGACGGCGUUCUUCGGCACGCUCGGCCCGGGCUACCACCACCUCCUCAUCGGCGUCCGCGACCUCGACCGCUCCGUCACCGUGAUGAUCGUCCUGAUCACCGCCGGGCUCGAGCUGUGCCAGGCGGUGGCCGGCUUCUCCAGCAACUGGAGGUACAUCAAGACCGUGUACCGCUGCGUGCGCGACGAGCAGCACUGGUCGAACCGGCGGCGCGGCCACCUCUGGUGGAAGGAGAGCAUCACGCCGCCGGCGACGAGGUACUGGGAGGACAAGGUCGGCCAGUACGUGCUCCUCAAGCGGUACAGGCACCGUCCAUGGAACCUCCUGUCGUGGCUGACGCUGUACCUGGUGGAGCCGCGGCGGCAGGGCCAGAAGCGCGGCCGGAGGAAGCGCCUGCCGCAGGAGGUCAGGCGAGCGGUGCUCGUGUCGCUCAGGGCGAGCUACGGCCAGCUCACCAAUGGCGUCUCCACCCUGCGGAGGCACGGCCUGUCGUCGCCGCUGGAGUGGGCGUGCAGCUUCCCGAAGCUCACCGACCAGAUCCUCGUGUGGCACGUCGUCACCACGCGCUGCGACUGGGAGUGGAUGCUGCCGGACCCGAGCUACAACGUCGAGCAGAUCUUCGACACGGCGGUGCAGCAGGCGCGGGACCACCUCGCCGGCUGCAGGACGGAUGGAAGCGUGCUCGAGAGGCUACGGGAGAUCGAGGAAAGGGAGCUCGGCGGCGCGUACGAGAGAGUAGGCAGCUCCACCAUCAUCGAGAAGGCGGCGCUGCUCGGCGGGCAGCUCAGGGCGACCGUGGACGCCGAGGAGCGGCGGUGGCAGGUGCUGGCGGAGUUCUGGGCGGAGUUCGUGCUCUUCCUCGCGCCGUCGGACAACGUGGACAUCCACGCCGAGAUGCUGGGCGCCGGCGGCGAGUUCAUGACGCAGCUGUGGGCGCUGCUCUCCCACGCCGGCGUCCUGGAACGGCCGGCCGGUGCCGGUGCUGCGCCGCCGCUGGCACCGAGUCCGACACCGGCAGUGUGA